AUGCUCAGGGCAGUUUUGGACGUUCCUCAGUGGUUGCUGAAGAAGGGUAGAGAGUCCCGGAAGCUGGUGUUGCUGGUGGUGUUUGUCGCUCUACUCCUGGACAACAUGCUGCUCACUGUGGUGGUGCCCAUUGUGCCCACCUACCUAUAUGCCACAGAGUUCAAAGUCAACACUUCUGUGUACCCUGGGCCCACCACAGCUUCCCAGCCUGCCCUCACUUCUACCUUUUCCACCAUCUUCUCCUUCUUUGAAAACAACACCUUGGCUAUCGAAGAAAGUGUGCCCAGUGGCAUAGCAUGGACAAGUGACACUCCCGGCACCAUCCCCCCUCCGGUCACCGAAGCCAUCCCAGCCCAUGAAAACAACUGCUUUCAAGGCACAGAGUUCUUGAAGGAAGAGAACCUGUGGGUUGGGCUUCUGUUUGCUUCCAAGGCUCUGAUGCAACUUCUGGUCAACCCAUUCGUGGGGCCUCUCACCAACAGGAUUGGAUAUCACAUUCCCAUGUUUGCUGGCUUUGUUAUCAUGUUUAUCUCCACAGUUAUGUUUGCUUUUUCUGGUACCUAUACCCUGCUCUUCGUGGCCCGAACUCUUCAAGGCAUUGGAUCUUCAUUUUCAUCUGUUGCAGGUCUUGGGAUGCUGGCAAGUGUCUACACUGAUGACUAUGAGAGAGGGCAGGCCAUGGGAAUUGCCUUGGGGGGCCUGGCCUUGGGAGUGUUAGUGGGAGCUCCGUUUGGAAGUGUGACAUAUGUACUUUGGGGGAAGAUUGUACCCUUCCUCAUCUUGGCCUCCCUGGCACUACUGGAUGGAGCACUCCAGCUUUGCAUCCUACAGCCUUCCAAAGUCUCUCCUGAGAGUGCCAAGGGGACUCCUCUCCUCACACUUGUCAGAGACCCAUUUAUCCUGGUGGCUGCAGGCUCCCUCUGCUUUGCCAACAUGGGGGUGGCCAUGCUCGAGCCCACACUGCCCAUCUGGAUGAUGCUGACCAUGUGUGCCCCUGAGUGGCAGCUAGGUCUAGCUUUCUUGCCUGCCAGUGUGUCCUACCUCAUUGGCACCAACCUCUUUGGCGUGUUGGCCAACAAGAUGGGUCGGUGGCUGUGCUCCCUCAUUGGGAUGGUGGUAGUAGGUACCAGCUUGCUUUGUAUUCCUCUGGCUCGUAAUAUUUUUGGUCUCAUUGGCCCCAAUGCAGGGCUUGGCUUUUCCAUAGGCAUGGUGGAUUCCUCUAUGAUGCCCAUCAUGGGACACCUGGUGGACCUGCGCCAUGCCCCGGUGUAUGGGAGUAUCUAUGCCAUCGCUGACGUGGCUUUUUGCAUGGGCUUUGCUAUAGGCCCAUCCACUGGGGGUGCCAUUGUGCAAGCCAUUGGCUUCCCCUGGCUCAUGGUCAUCAUCGGGGUCAUCAACAUCAUCUACGCUCCUCUCUGCUACUACCUGAGAAGCCCCCCAGCCAAGGAGGAGAAGCUUGCAGUUCUGAGCCAGGACUGCCCCAUGGAGACCCGGAUGCACGCAGCUGAGAAGCACAUGAAGGAAUUUCCUCUGGGGGAGGACAGCAGUGAGGAGCCUGGCUGUGAGGAGUAGCAGCAGAAACUGGUCCCUGGACCUUGUCACGUGAGGCUCAGACUUCAGUGACCGCCUCGUUCCCUGGACGCGGAUCUCCACGGGCUGUUCUUCACUUCUCUCUCCCCUGGUGUCUCCUUUCCCCUCCCUCCCAUGCAUGCUGUUUCCUGGUUCUCUCCUCACCUGUGUCACCUCUAGCUCUCCCUCUAAGCUUUGAUGCCUCAGCUAGCCCACCUUUUGUGGGAGGACAGAGUGAUGCUUCCUCCUCGGUUUCUGUAAGGCGGUGUGGGUUCUGCGAGGGGUGACUCAUUUCACAGAGGCGGCAGUGAGCGGUGUUCCCUGACACCAGUGGGGUGGCUGACAAAACUCAUUUCAUCUGUUAUCUGAUUUUCUUUGGCACCUUCCCAACAGACUAUAAGAGUUUUGUCCUCUGUUGCUCGACAUGGCCCUCCCUGACUUUUCCCAGAUGAGUUGAGAAAGUGUCCUCAACCUUGUAUUGCUGCCACAUCGCCAGUUUGGGAAAUGUUUGCCUGGUUUUUAUAAGCUGAGUAUUUUCUCUGUGGCCAGACCUACAGCUGCUGAAGUGAGUCUGCCCUCGGUGAAAGGAGGUCUCCUAUUUUCCUCAUUACUGAAUGGAAAGGAAAAGGGCCUGCUUGUCUUAUGCUUGAGUUACUGACUUUCUCAUGAUUUCCCCUGUGGGUUUUGUCUACCUUUCCUUAAAUUUCUUAGAUUCUUAGAAAUAAAUGU